AUGCCUCGCUCAUCAAGAUCCGGUGGUGGAAGCAGAGCUCCAUCUCGCCCUGUUGCCCCUGCGAGACCUGCUCCCCAGCAAACCCGACCAGCAACGACCGCUGCGUACCCUCCAGCAAAACAAGCCCCUCAUCCUCCAGCUGCACCAGCUCAACAACAGCAAGGUUCAGCUGGCCCGGGUCUCUUCGGACAGAUGGCCAGUACCGCUGCUGGUGUUGCCGUAGGUUCUUCAAUCGGUCAUGCCAUCGGUGGCUUCUUCGGUGGUGGAUCUUCAGCUCCUGCUGAGCAGGCACCCCAAGACAACAGUGUUGCAGCGCAAGGAAACCAGGCCCAGAAUAACAACUGGGGAGCACGAAGCUGUGACGCGGACGCAAAGCAGUUCACCAAGUGCAUGGAUGAUAACCAGGGCAACAUGCAGAUCUGCAGUUGGUAUUUGGAGCAACUGAAAGCUUGCCAAAACGCUGCUAGCCAAUACUAG